AGUUAAUAUAUAUUACAAUACAGAAGUAAAUUUAUAGUCAAUCACGGCGUUGUCCACUUCAAUCAAAACUUCUUCCAAUAUUUUCAAUAAAUAAUAAUUUUAAUUUUUAAUUAUUCAUUGAUAUGGAUAUAAAUAAUAUAUAUAGAAUAAACUCGUGUAUAUGAAACAAUAUAAAAAAGAAAAAUAGAAGAAAAAACAAACAGAAAGUACAGUCACGUACAUAACGUAAACAAAGUGCAAAAUUGUUUAUUAUGAACAGUUUUUAAUUGUGUCAUUUUGCAAGGAAUAAUAAUGUUCCUUGAAAAUAAUAAUGCCUUUGUUAAAUAUAUAUUUAAGGUUACUUUGAUUUACUUAAUCACAUGAAGCUUAUACACAAAAAUUUUUAAUCUGUUAACUUAUAUCACUCUGUUGACGUUUAAUUUUAUCUAAAGAAACAAUCAUAAAUAAAAAUAUAUGUAAAAAUGACUAGUUAGAAAAUGAUAUAAUUGUAAAAUAAAAUUGUAAAUAUAAAUAACAUAAUGGAUAGAAUUGCAAUAAUUAAUGUGGUAACUGAUGAGAAAGAACUGAAUGUUUCAUAUAACGUAGGAUGGUCAAUUGAAGAUCUUUGCACACAGAUUUGCAAAAUAUUUGGGAUAGGUCCUGUGGCAAGGCAUCUUUUUGCAUUAAGGAAUCACUCUAACAAACUUUGGUAUCCAGCUAAUCACAAAUUAGAAAACAGAGAGAAGAAAAAGUUUGAUUUUCGUUUAAGAUUUAAACCAGCCAGUUUACAGACAUUAAAGCGCAUAGAUGAAAAAGCUUAUGAUUAUUAUUUUCUACAAGCUCGUUGCGAUGUUUUGGAAAACAAAGUACCAGAUAUUGUUUACGAAAGGCACAAACGUGAAUUGAUUGGAUUAGGUGUUAGUGAUAUGUAUAGAGUAAUGCUUGAAAAAGGUAUACCGAGAGAAAUAGUUGAAUCAGAGUACAAGAAAUAUAUUCCAAAGGAAUGUAUUAAACGUCAUGCUUUUUUUAUAAAGAAACCUAUACAUAAUGCACUUGGACGUAUUUCUGGACAUGAUGCAUCUUAUGUAAAAGAACAGUACCUGAAACAAUUUGAAUGUAUGGCACCAAAUUAUCCAUAUGAGGAAUAUAAAGCUUUAAUGGAUAAAGGUGUUCCAAGCCCUGCAGCUAAAAUAGUACUUAGGGUAAAUUUUGAAGAAGUAAAAUAUUGCGAAACGGAAUCUGGCGUUUGGAAUCAACUUUGUGCAAUAGAAGAUCUUUGUUUUAUUUCUAUAAGACAAGACAAUACUGUAGAAGUAUCUAGAAAAAAUGGAAUACCAUCAUAUUUAAAAUUUACAGCAAGUAAUCUUCUCAUGUCAUUUGUCUCUGCUUUGGAUGGUUACUAUCGUUUAGCUAUUAAAUGGACUUUUAAUCUGUGUAGAGAUAUUACUACACCAAGUUUAGAGAGACUACAUAAGCUGAGAUGUCAUGGACCAGUUGGAAAGGAAUUUGCAUAUGGAAAAAUUGAAGAAAAACGUGCCAAUCGUCCAGGAUCUUACAUAAUUCGUGAAAGUGAAACGGAGUAUAAUGUUUAUUAUAUCGAUUACUGUGGCAAAGAUGGAAAUAUAACGUCACAAAGGAUAGAAGAUAGAGUUAAUACAUUUGUAAUACCAAACAGUAUACAAACAUUUAAAUCCUUAGGACAUUUUAUCUCUUCAUGUCAAGAUUCCGAAAGUCUACCACAUCUUUUAGAAUGUUUACCACCCUCUGAAUAUGACAAAUCACCAUUAUUAAUUUGUGCACUAGAAAAAAUAGGAGGCGAAGUUACUGCCGAUGAAGAAAUCAUUGCAUCUCUUUUAGAACAGGGACCUCGUUGUGUUCCUCGUAAUCAAUUGAAAAUUUAUAAAACUUUAUACCACUCAAAAAGCAAUGAUUCUUUAAAUAUACCAUUUUUAAGUAAACCAUCACCCACGAUAUUACAUUUGGCAAUGUGGCAUGUUUCAAAAGGCAAAAAGUUGGAAAUUGCAAUUAAAAUGCUCAAAGAUGAGGAAUCACGUUCCACUAAAGAAUUUUUAGAAUUAGCUGGCAAAUGGAGUCAAUUAAGAUCAAGUGCUUUAGUAAGACUAUAUGGUUUAACUGUAACACCAACAAUCGGAAUGUUAUUAGAAUUAGUAGGAGCUGGACCAUUAGAUGCAUAUUUAAGUAACCCUUCUUCACCAUCUGUAAAAACAGUUGAUAUGGUGGAAGCAGCUGCAUGCUUAGCAACAGCAUUAUGGCAUUUGGAGGAAAAUGGUGUUGUUCAUGGAAACAUUAGAUGUAAAAAACUUCUUGUUCAUGCACACACAGCUAAUAGUUUUAUAGUUAAAUUAACCGAUCCUGGUCUCUUUACUUAUACAGAUAAGGAUAUACAUUGGAUACCACCCGAGCUUUAUUCAAAUCUAGAAAUUGCAAAAUCUAGUUUCCAGACAGAUAUAUGGGCUGUAAGCACAACAAUUUGGCAAAUUUUUUCAAAAGGACUAGAUCCUUCCAAAAAUCAUAAUGUGAAUGCCGUUAAAAAGGAUUAUGAAAGUGGUAAACGUUUGCUUAUGCCAGCAUCCUGUCCAGCAGAAGUUUAUAAAUUAAUGAUAGAUUGUUGGGGUGAACCUAAUGGUAUAAGAAAACAACCUCAAGCAAUAAUGCGUGAUAUUAAUCAAAUUCUCUAUCAAUCAUUUAAUUCAAGAAGAAAGCACGCAUAUGCAACUGCGUUUCCUAAAUUAUUUCAUGAUUCGGAUCUUAUACAUGAAGAAGAUUCUUCUGAUACACCAGACGAUAAAUCAAUAAAUUCUGGAUCACAUGCGAGUAGUCUUAUUACUGAUAAAACUAGUUUACCUUGGGAUGAUGAUGACAAUAUAAAAGAAUUAAUUAACAUUAAUGAAAGUUGCACCAGUAGUGCUGAAAAACUUACAAAUUAUUUAAGCUUUGGAAAUGAUAAAGCUAGAGAUACAAACAGCUGUAAUGAUCAAACGAUGGCAGGUGUUAUUAAUUGUUCAGAUCACACAACACAUGCUUUUCAUGAUAUUAGUCAUGGCAGUAGUAUUGGUGAUGUUAGUAUAGUUAAUAAUAAUUGUAGUAGUCUAAACGAUCUUUCUGGAAUGCCACCUGCUUUGGAAUUUAAUGAGAAUACUGUUGUUGUUAUACAAGGCCGAAUAGGUCAAGGAUUUUAUGGUGAAGUUUAUAAAGGUAUGCUGGACAAAAAAAAAGAUACAGAACCAGAAAUAGUGGCUGUAAAAAGGUUAAAAAGUCAUACUUUAGAAGCCAAUGUGCAUGAUUUUCAAAGGGAGAUAUCUAUUAUGAAGACUUUAAAACAUCCAAAUGUCGUAGCAAUUUUGGGCGUUAUAACAGAACCUGAAUUAUAUUUAAUAAUGGAAUAUGUAAAACAUGGAUCACUUCAAAGUUAUUUGACUUUACAUGGACAAAAUAUUUCUCAUGGAAAAUUGCUUGGUUUUGCCUUAGACAUUGCCACUGGCAUGGAUUAUCUUGGGCAAAAAAAAAUUGUUCAUAGAGAUCUUGCCGCAAGAAAUAUAUUAGUUGCAGAUGAGAGUAGAGUAAAAAUUAGUGACUUUGGUUUGGCUCAAGUAACUGGAAAUAAUGAUUAUUACAUACUUCAAACUAUUAGAGAUCUUCCAAUAAAAUGGUAUGCCCCAGAAAGUUUAAGAGAUGGCAAAUUUUCAGCACGUUCAGAUGUUUGGUCCUUCGGAGUAACAAUGUAUGAAAUAUUUGGCUUAGGUGAAGAUCCAAAGUUACCAGCUAUUGGUUUAGAUACAAGUGCAAAUGAAAUCAAUGGUAUAAAAACAGUUUUAGAAGAUGGAGCUGCUGAAUUAUUAGCAGCUCUUGAAAGAGGUAGUAGGCUUCCUUGUCCGCCAAAUUGUCCACAACAUAUUUAUGUUAAACUUAUAUAUCCGUGUUGGAAUUUGCAAAGUCACAAAAGACCGAAUUUUGCAUCUCUUUGUAAAAAUAUAAGAGAAUUUCUUAACUAUUAUUAAAGUAUAUUUAAGGAAAUAGUUUUAAAUAAUAAUGUUCCUUAAGGAAUAAAUAUCUAGUCGACGAUUUUUGUCGCGACGUGUUAUGUAUUACAAAUAUAUUCAAUAUUUUGUUUUAAAAAUGUUUCAAUGUCCACGUUAUAUCCUUCCCCAAUUUAUAAGUCAUAAGCAUUACUUAUCUACAGUGGGUGAUUGAUUUAACAAACAGAUUGGACAAAGAACAAAAUUUUGAUCAUUUUAAACAAAAUUUUUUUAUGUAUAUUAACCGACCACCAAUUGUAUUA